AUGCAUAGAACGCAGUCUUUUUGUUCUUUUUUUGUGUUUCAUCGGUCUUUCUUUUGUAAGGCAUGGUCCCGCGUCAGUCCAUGUGUUGCUGGGAAGGGCGCUGCCACUUAUUUGCAAGCGUCGAGCACCAUGAAGAGACAUGCAUCCCAGCGGACCGUUAACAAUGGAGAGGGUGAAACUUCGCCGACGGUGGAUGUAGACUCUCGCCAGAAAGCUACCGAGAGGCGGCUACGUGACGAGUUGGCGGAUGUCACGAAGCAGCUUGAACAAGCGCGUGAAAUUGUUUGUGAGCUUCUGAAGUUUGUAGACAGAAAGCGAUAUGCCGCUCAGCUCUCCGCGUUGGAGAAAAACAUGAUGGGUGGUGGUGGUUUGUUUCUGACAACCACUGCUGCUGAACUGGAGAAGGCACUGCGGACACCUGGAUCCCGUAUUGUUCUUCUUGAAAACCAUCAUUAUGUGUUGGAAACGAGCGGCCCGAUAAAGAUUUCCCGCACCCACGUUUCAAUUUUGGGCAACAAUGCCACAAUCGAGGGAAGUAUAAGCUUAACGCACAAUGCAACUUUGGAUGCGUGCGAUGUUACUUUUUUGGGUUUGAAAAAUGUAUCGGAUGAGGAUGAGGUGGAUGGUAAAGCUUGGAACUGCACGUCUCUUCUUCCGUGUAUAGAAGUGACGCAGAACUCCAGGGUGUACCUAAGAAACUGCCGUCUUGUUGGAGGUCGUGACGGCCUGUACCUUGGCAUUGAGUCUGAGGUGCAGCUGAGAAACGUGGCAAUCUCCGAUUGUAUUCGAGGGAUUUACGAGGGUGUCGGUUGCAGGGCUUUUUUCUCAGGCUGCACGAUGACGGGGAACUGUUUCCAUUUGGUACUUCUUGGUGAGGACCGCGAGGCGCACGUGGAAGCCUUGACGGCACCGAAUAAAUCUGAUGGCACGACUGAAAAUUCUGAAAUAUUGGUACGCUUUUCUGAUACGUCCGAUUCGGGGAAAAAAAGAACUCGUGCGGACAUUGCAGUGGAUCAUAAUCCCAUUACCGACGUGUAUGCGAAAUGUAUUCACGGGGGCAAAAGGGUAGAAUUGCCUGAAGAGUUGGCCACUUGUGGCCUUUCGGACCCCGUGUAUUGA